AUGGAGAUCGCAAGUACGGCUAUCGGUGUGAUUGGUCUAGCUAGUCUUUUCAGUACCUGUAUCGAGACUCUUGACACACUCUCCUCAGCCGCACGGUACGGUGUCGAUAGGGAGAUUCUGCAGACGAAAGUUGAAAUAGAGCGACUUCGACUUAUGGUUUGGGGAGAGUCAGUUGGGAUUACCGAAAUCGACCCUGAAUGCACGGAGAAUGAAAUCACUGAGGAUGACCUCGCCAUCCUCGACGACUCAAUCCGCAGCCCUGCACUUCGUCCAGCCAUAAUCGGUCUUUUGAGUUGCUUCACGCACUACUUCGAAAAUAUAGAGGAACUACAGAGACGAUAUGGCCUUGCUGCUCGACAGGAAACCAAAGGCAAAGAGAAAGACCUUGCAUGGACAGAGAAGCCAACAAGAGAGAUACUAUUAUCUUCAUUUCAAAAAACAUAUUCUCGGUUCCAAGAGCGUACAGCAAUUGCUCAGAAGAACACAUCAGCCUUUAAGAAAGCUACAUGGGCCAUAAGUGAUGAACGGAAAUUUAGAGCCCUUCUUGCUGAGAUCAAGGCCAUCAAUGACUCGCUGGUCUCGCUACUACCAGCAAUUGGAGAUAGAACAAGAGUUCAAAUGCGUGCUGACAUCAUGCAGAGCAAAAACAUAACCCAACUCCAAAAUAUCGUCUCUGCUGCGGAUGACAUGACUGAUUUAGUCGCCGAGACAGCCAGUCUGAGAUUGGAGAUGCUGUCAACAUCCAGCCAGCACGGGGGCAAAAGACAAAUACCCCAGGUUCAAAAUGUCACGCCAGCUCCCAAAGACACACCGGAGACGCGUCCAGUGAAUUCAGCUGCACUGACCCCUGCUUCUGGGUCUGUUGUAGAGAACUUGAUUACUGCAACGUUGGAUAAUCCCCAAAAUCCAAAUGUGCGCACAGUCUCACCGAGAGACUUGUAUGAUGAUACAGGUGCACUUUUUAUUCAUAAAGCCUACUAUAAACCCAACUGCUUGAGAUACUUCUCGUGGGUUGUUGGACUGGACGAGAUCACAGACACCUCCGAGCUUCAACCGGGGUCAGACUCUGCAUUCUGUAAUAUAUAUCCUCUGCCUUUAUCUUGGAAGAUAGCAUUCUAA